AUAACCAUAGCCAAGUGAACUUAGACAAACACAAACGUUAUCAAACGUCACGCUUUCCGGCAUUUAUCAAGCAGAAAACAACAAACGUUGUUAUUGUUAUUUAACAGUUUAUUAAACAAUUAAAAGUAAAUAAUUAACAAAUUCAAAAAUGGCAGCAACAAUGCCAAUUAAUCCAAAACCAUUUUUGAAUGGUCUUACUGGUAAAUCAGUCAUGGUCAAACUAAAGUGGGGUCAUGAAUACAAAGGUUAUCUUGUAUCAGUUGAUGGCUACAUGAAUUUACAAUUGGCAAAUACUGAAGAACACGUUGAUGGUGUUGCAACUGGUAACCUGGGUGAAGUUUUGAUAAGAUGUAAUAAUGUCAUGUAUAUACGUGGUGUUGAAGAAGAAGAUGAAGAAGGCGAAAUGAAAGAUUAAUCUAGUAUUUUUAUAUUAAUAAAUAAACAAAUGGAACAUCGCUGACAAUUGGCUUUGGUCUUCCUCUAAAAAUCAAUUUUUUUCUAAUGAUUGAUUUGACAAUGUAACAAUCAUUAUCAUCAUCAUCUUUA